UGUGUAUGAGGUGGAGUCAUGGCUCGGCCGCUCCUUGGUCUACUACUAGUGCUCGUGGCCUGUUUUGCCUUACUUCCAGACACUAUUGGUGGAAAUAAUGAAGCUUUCAAUUUGACAGAAAAUGUUAUCCAGAAUCAAAUUGCUAUAAAACAGAUACUGGAGGAACAGACAGGCAUAGGUGAAGGGAUCAAGAGUUUACUGAGGAAAAUUAAUGCUCUAUCACAACUAUUCUCCACUAAAAUUGCUGCUGAUGAAAGAUGUACACAAGGUGGUGAGCACAAGGACAACGUUACCCACUACCUGCUGAGGGAAGUUAAAGACGCUAUUCGGGGACAAACAGACAUACAACAGCAACAGUGGAAUAAAAUACAAGAACUAGAAGGUAAACUUCAGAAAUAUGAAGAGAUACGACAACAGCAACAGAUGAGAAUUCAACAACAUGAAGAUUCUCUGAAGGAAAAAGAAGACACAAUACGUGUACUGGAGGACAAUCUUCGUCAAACUGAGGAAGCAGCAGCAGGACAAUACAGGAAACUUGAAGUAAAUCUGACCAAAUUACUGUCGGAAAUGGACCACUUGGCACAAUAUAAUGAAGAAGUUACCAAAAUGAACACUCAGCUACGUGACAACAACACACUACUGAAAAAUUUAUCCUCAGCAUGUCAACACAGCGUGACGGAGAGUACCAACAUAAGCAGCUCUGCACGAGACUGCACAGAUAUUCAGCUGGAAGGUGAGACUCAGAGUGGCGUCUAUCAAAUCUUCCCUGAGAGUUCUGCAGCGGGUGUGAGUGUGUUGUGUAAGAUGCAAGAGGAUCACAUGUGGACGGUGUUCCUCGCCCGCCGCCGACACACUCCACAAGAGAACUUUGCCAGGAACUGGCAAGACUACAAGACCGGCUUCGGUGAUCCACGUGGUGAAUAUUGGCUGGGCAAUGACAACCUUCACACGCUGACUAGCGGAGACCAGAGUUACCGGCUCAGGGUAGUCGCCACCAACCUACGAGGAGAACAGCGAUCUGCAGAUUGGGAGACAUUUAGCGUGGGUGAUGAAACCAGCGGCUACCCUGUCACCGUGAAGGGGUACAGCAUAAGUAGCACCCUGGGCGAUGCCCUUGCAGGAGAUGACUGGGUCGUUAUGGAUGGCAUGAGCUUCUCUACAGUGGACAUGGACCAUGACACCGCUUCAUGGGGAAGUUGUGCUGGUGCCCAUCAUGGUGGUGGAGGAUGGUGGUACAGGCGCUGUAGCCUGGCCUCGCCCACUGCUCCCAUCGGUAACACUGAUGAUGUCCGCCAGGUCAUGUCUUGGUUCUAUUUCACUCCGGGUGUUCAGCGAUUCACAGGUCUCUCCAGGCUACUAAUGAUGAUUCGCAGAGACUUUAACACUACUGUGCAGCACUGAUCACCAACAUUACCAACACACAACACUGCUCACCACCAUCAUAUAAUACGCUGUUUCCUGGAUUAACAUCCCUCUCAACUAUGUAUCAUUGACUGUCAACAUGUGCAACAUUUCAGUUUCAAAAACAGCAGAUCUCUCCAAUCGAAUUCAGGUGAUAAUAACACAGGAGACAGUUGAAGAACAUAGGUAAUAUUGAGGUGAUCAUUCUCAGCAAUGAUGAAAGUGGACAACCAAUUAGCUACAGCUGAGGCACGAGGCUUGAGACCUAUAUAAUAUGUUGGAGGUAGAAGUGAGGUGCAAGAGCUGGUUUUGAUAAUAUAUUUAAACGAGCCUAAUAGUUGAAGUACACCAUGCUAGACUGUUAGCAGUUUAGUACCUGAUGUGCAGGUGAAACGUUCCAACUAUAAACAUACCCAAGUGUGCACAUGUGUCUUAUAAAACUGUUGACUUUGGUUUUGCCCAAGGGUUAGGCAAGCGAAGAAUUCCCAAGUAUUAAGAUCCCAAGAAGUUGCAAUGUCUGACAGGAUUGUAGAUGAAUGGUUCAAAGAACCGACAUGUUGUUAAAUUAGACACAUGUGCAACUCGUGGGUAUCUUUAUUGAGGAAACGUUUCGCCACACAGUGGCUUCACCAGUCCAUACAUAGGAGAAACUUGAAGAACAGGAGGAGAAUGAGGUAAUCAGUCCCUCAACCUUGAGUCAAUGUGGUCAGUCCAUCAAUAAAGAUACCCAAGAGUUGCACAUGUGUCUAAUUUAACAUGUCGGUUCUUUGAACCAUUCAUCUACAAUCCUGUCAGACACUGCAACUUCUUGGGAUCUUAAUACUUGGGAACUGUUGACUUUGUUUGUCAUUUAUAAUAUGAUUCUGAUAAUAUCUGUCUUGUGA